AUGGACUGCUGCAGCGUAAUGUUGUGUAAGCAGGCAGGGUGUGCAGGAACAAAUGUAUAAGUGACCUAGACGUUUCAUUCAAGUCUCCAUGAACAACUUGAAUGACCCCCCCAGAUGGAACAUCCAACCAGAUCCCAGAGGACGGGGGGCGGGGGCCGGUGAUGGUAACCAAUGGAACUACGCCCUGCUGGUCCCGAUGCUGGGACUGGCUGCAUUUCGUUGGAUCUGGACCAGGGAGUCUGAGAGGGAGAUCCGGAAGGUCAAAGACCAGUAUGACAAGGACGUGUCCACACUAACAAGCGAGAUGGAGGCACGAUACCGGGACACACUGACAGAGAGGCGCAGGGCAGCGGCUAUGCUAGAGCUGGAGCUAGAGAAGGAGAGACAGAGGGUCAAAGGUUACAAGCAGGCCUUGAUCUCACAGAGCCAGCAGCUGAUGGAAGAGCGGAAACGGUUGAAUCAGGAGCGCCAGUCCUUGGAGGAAGAGAAGCAAAGGCAGGUAGCGUCCGGCGCUGCAGGGGCCGUGCUGCAUCACGCUCUGGAACGAGAGAGCGACUGGCACCAGCGAGCCACCACGACUCUGAAGGAGCUAGAGGGUCAGCUUGUGGAGCGCCAGAAUGCCUACUGUUCCCUCAUCCAACCUCGAGAUCAGCGGCUGGAGAUGGAGAACAACAUGCUGCUUAAGGUCGUCAAAGACCCCAUCGGAGCGGAACUGGAUCUAGAGUCCGACCUGAGGGAUAUUUUUAAGAGAGAUAAGCACUGUGCGGACUUGCUGAACAUGGACAAGAGGAAGAAUGGAAGCCUCAUGUGGGUGUACCUAAAGUACUGGCAGCUGCAGGUCACGGUCCAGAAACACAAGAAAGCUGAAGAGGCUGUAUUUGGAGGAACAUUCCAGUCUCAAACAAAGUGACAAACCUUGUGUUUUUCAUUUGACUUUGAAAAAUGUUGGAUCAGAAAUGGAAAUGCAUGUAUUUUUGGUUUAAUUAUCUUUAUGUUAUUGGGAUGUUAUGGAUACACACAAGAGGUAACCCCAAUAAGAUAAUGUCCAACAUCUGGAAGUUCCUCCAUUCAUCUCAGUGUAAAGAAGGGGUGUUAAGUCAGGUUUUGAGCAUGCAGAAAUAUUACUAUUACUUCAGAAUCCCCAGUUAAAGCUGGGGUUGGUAAUCUUGAGAUACUAGCAAGAGUACGCUGGAUUUAAAAUAUUAUCCAGCUGAAAAAUACAGCCCAGUGUUGCCAACUUUUUUUCAAAUAAGAGUUGCUAGCAGCACUAGCUCCAAAACUUGCUAAAUUUAGCAAGAAAGUUGCUGAGUCUGCAACACUGACAGUCCGUCCCUUCAGGCCUCCCACCAAAGCCACUCCCCUCAAAAACAUCCAUAUGAACAUGAACAACAAACAUGGCUAUCUUUAGUGCUCAACCUUGCAGCUUGUGAAAGACUCUGGUGACGAGCAAUGGGUGCACGCAGGCAGGCAGGUGGCCCCCCACAGAUACCAGAUUUUCUUUUCUUCUUUGUCAGAUCAUUUAAUUCAUUGAUUGCUGUCGGGAUGUAAUGAGAAUUUCAACAAAAAUAAUCAAAAAUCUUUCUGAAGAAGAUUACCAACCCUGCCUUUAAACUCUCAUUAGCUUUAAAUUAACUGUGUGAUUAAAUGUGUAAUGAUGAAAAUGCACAUGGAUCGUUCAGGUGAUAUCCAUAUUGGACGCACAACUGAUGUUAAAUACAUGUUUUCCAUCAAGCCCUUUGGAUUUUUAUUGUUAGAACAUGUCUAUUUAACUCACAUUCUCUUGAGUGCCAUGAAUUACUGCUAAGUGCAUAUUUUGUCGGUCUGGAAAAUGUAUGUUUGUCAACCUCGGGUAUGACUUUAGAGUUCCCAUUAACUGUUCCCCAUGUGAUGUGAUAUUACACGUCCCUUUGUUGCUGUAAGUUUCUUCAGGAAGGAAAUGAAUCACAAUGAAAACUACUGUGUUGAACAAAACAACCAGCAAUCCUUAACAAGAACAUUAUUUUGAUGGAAAUAUUAUUGUAGUCUUUCUCUGUAGUGUGUUGACACCAUGCUUUAAUACAUCAAUGGACUAUUGGAGGUAUUAGUCUUGAUAUCUGUGGGACUUCCAGGUUUUCCUUUGAUUGUGUUACAUCUCUCGUUACACUCUGUAGUGUGUUACCAUUUAUGAUACAUGAUCCGAAGCUAAUAGAGUAGUGUCUCUGAUCACUGGUUUUAAAUAUCUAGUCUUCAAUGCAGGUUUGUGGGAGCUUUUUAACUAUCAGGGAGACUGGACACUGAAGGUGCCUGUGAGUCUAAAUAAGGGAAUAGAGCACAAAGUAGUGCUCAGUACUGCAAUGCUUUACCACAAUACUGCUCUGAAAAGUAGUCAAAUAGCACCCUUUUACUUCACACUUCACCACUGUAUUGAAAGGAUAAACUAAAGCUGUAGUUUGUUCUAUACGCCUACCAAGCUUCUCUAUGCUGUUGUGUUUUUAUUUGGACUAUAACUUGGUGAUCAAGUGCUGGAUAUGAUGCCAUGAAUUGAAAUGUACUGACUCUAAUCACUCUGUGAAAUCAUCCUAAUAAAUUCCUGGUUUAAGAACUUAA